AGCAGACACAACUGUGGAGGAAAUUGACCAACAACACCGCGGACUAUCCCACUUUUUGUUACUUAAUAACACAACCGCUGACCAAGACACCAAUGGGAGCCGCUGUAGGGACAGUAUGUGCCAUAAAAAGCAGGUGACAGCAGGACACAUCAUCUAUAGCAGACUGUCGGGUUGCUACGCUCUUUUGACUGCUGUUGACUUUUUUUUUUUGCUAGCAGAGAUAAUUAUCUAGCUGUGCAGGCAGGAAAUUCACAACAGAGGACCGACAAUGUGUUCCGUAAUAAGCAGAGUGAAACCGUGUCACCGGGCUCUGGCUGUCUCGCUUCGGCUCCGGACAAACACCGAGAGUCCGAGUUAUGCAGCAGCUCAGAGCAGGCGCUUCUCUCCUGGCGUAAGUUCUGGCGUGGAGCCGCUUUGGGUCAGCAGCAGGUCGUACAGCUCCAGGACAGCCAUGACCGAAGGACUUUUCUUCAGACAGUUGUUGGAGUUGGAAAGUAUGACCUACACAUACCUGCUGGCGGACACAGCAACCAAGGAGGCUGUCAUCAUCGAUCCUGUGUUGGAAACUAUCAACAGGGACCUAAAACUCAUCGGGGAACUGGGACUAAAUCUAAAAGUGGCAGUAAACACCCACUGCCAUGCGGACCACAUCACAAGCACUGGGCUGAUGAAGAAAGGACUGGCUGGCCUGAAGAGUGCCAUCUCCAAAUACAGCGGUGCCUCUGCAGACAUCCUCCUGUCAGAGGGAGACAAAAUCCCCUUUGGAAAACAUUGUCUGACAGUGAGAGAAACACCGGGACACACUGAUGGGUGUCUGACGCUGGUGAUGGAGGAUCAGAGCAUGGCUUUCACUGGGGACGCUCUGCUCAUUAGAGGCUGUGGCAGGACAGACUUCCAGCAAGGUUGCUCAAAGAGACUCUAUAACUCCGUGCAUCAGAAGAUCUUCACCCUGCCUGAUCAGUGCCUGGUCUACCCAGCGCACGACUACUUAGGUCAGACGGUCUCUACUGUCGGCGAGGAGCGCAAAUUUAACCCACGCUUGACUAAGAGCAUCGAUCAGUUUGUGGACAUCAUGAAAAACCUGAAUCUCCCCAAGCCGGCAAAAAUAGAUAUUGCAGUGCCUGCUAAUCUGGUUUGUGGCUUACACGAAGUUUGACUGCCCUGCAAAAGAGAGGAUUCUAAUCAAACAAACUACAUCAUUGCAGACUAAUUGACAUUUACCUACCUGUUUUAGCAAGACUAAUCUAGACAGCUUACCAGAUAGUGCUUUGUUGUGUUUUUGUAUGCAAAUGAAAGGUAUAUAUUUGAGUAACUGUCAUUUAAGUGCAGCUACUGGCAUUAUUUUUGAUUGCGCCUAAAGUAAAAAUGCUUUCAAAGAUAAUUUUAAUGAGUACCAAAACAGUUAGUAAGGAGUACUACAAUUCUGUAAAUGAGGGAAAAGCACUUAGUUUAAAAAAAAAAUUUGUUUAAAGUUAAAUGUGAUGACAUUUUAGUCACUUCUGUUAUUAUGAGUUGCAGAAUUGGGGAGGAAAUUAUGAGACAGAUAGGAAUGUUCCAUUCAAGGUUUGGUUUAGUAUUCAUGGAUGCUUUACUGGGACAAUCAAGUUCCUUCACAUGGCCUUUUCAGUGAUUCUGGACUCCUCUACCCAAGGCUACACACACACACACACACUCUCACACUGCUGCCGGCCUUUUUGCAUAGCAGGAAAAUAAAGCUACUCUAUUUGCAUUCAAAAUCAAUAAGUGCCAAGUUUCCAUGGCCCAACAUGUCACGGUUAUGCACUUGUGCUCUCAAGCCUCAUCUGUUCCUGUUGAUGUCCCAAUAGACAAGGGUAUCCGUUGAAAUGUGUCUCAGAUUAUCGCAGAUAUGACAAGAGGCGUCCAUGCCAAGUAUCAUAUCUGCUUCUAGAUUUCCAAAUAUCUUGUGCAUGCUGUUCUCAUCAGGUGUUUAACACCUCACCAGCCAGUAAGACAGGUUUGUUUGGGAGUGCUGGCCCCUGACUCAGCUACAGAAACUUGCACAUGUGAUAGUAAGCUGUGCCAUAGUGUAGAGCUGAUCAUGAGCUUUUGAGGGCCAGUAUGAAAAUGUUUAUUCAGAACGUUUUCUAAGUGAAUCUUUUUACUCCCGUCAGCAUUUAAAGGAGCAUUCCAUUAAACACAUGUGGUCCUGCAAUUGCGGGGAACAGUGCUCACCAGGUGACAGCAGUUAUACAGUGUCCUCUGCAGCAAUGAAGGGAACAUUUUAAAGUCUGAAAAACAGUCGUGAUGUUGUCAGGGUGGUCAAAGCUUGGGUUUGAAAUCUACAACACAGAACAGAAAGCAUAUGUGACAAACUAGGGUUGUAGCAUCCAAAGGAAGAAGAUGUUUACCAGCCAGAGAGGGACUACUACCAUGCUCAUGGUAUGUUGGAGUUAUUUUGGUAGCUCAAUAAGCAUGAGCUUGGAAACCAAAUAAAAAUGGACCCCUCACAUCAGCCAAAGACUGUGUGAUAAAGUCCUAAAUGAAUGAACAUGGUGUUGUAUUGCCAGUGCGUCAUCCUCAAUCAGUUCUGCAGUCAUAGAAGCUUCUUCAUGGUGUGAACACUUGCUAACAUGGUAAUCUCUAUUUGAAAUGAAUGCUGUAUUCCAUGAAAUGCUUUCUGAGUUAUGUCCUUGAAAAUAUAGAGACCUACUUUGUGGGGCUUGAACCACAUAAUAAAUAAAUAAAUCCAUGCCAAAUA